AUAGGGAGGCGGGGAUGAGGAAAGAUGCACAGCCCUAGCUAUUGGGGAGGGGGUCGUUGGCGGAUUUCUUUCCCCUUCUCCUCCGCGGACACUUUUUGAAUUUUUUGUUAUUUUGGAAGAGGAAGAGGAGAGAUCCUCCAAGCCCCUCUUUAGCAGCGGGGUGCUUUGUGCUGCGCGACCUUUCACUUUGAGAUGCUAGCUUGGGGUUGUUGUUGUUGUUUCCCCUCUUGGCGUUUCAAAACCCUGCCAAGUCCGGCUUCCAGAGCUUGUAAUCGGCGGGCACAAAGCAGAGUGGGAUUGUCUUGAGUGGGAGGGGAAGCUGCUUUGGUUGCCAAGAGUUGCCAGUUUUUGUCUGGUCGGGCAGUGCUUUCUUAGCCCAUCACCUUGAGCAGAAAUGCAGUGGCCUGUAAUCCUUCGACAUCAACGCCCGGUGAUCUUGAGAAAAGACUUUGCUGGUUGGUUGGAUCCAUCCAAUCAACCAGAAGAAAACAGUUCUUCAUGGAAUCCUUCUAAAACUUGUCCAGCAGAGGAAAGUUUUUGGUGGAAACUGCCUGGUCCUGAUAGCAUCACUUGAGGAAAGCAGCUUACAUGCUUCUCGGUUCAAAUAUUACAAAAUAGGGCUGACUUGUUCAUUGUGUGAACAAGCUGUUGGUGGUAGUUAGUGUGCUUUGCAACUUAAUGUGUGAAUCCAAUCAACCAUGGUUAAGGAAUGCAUGACAGUUUCAGGGCUUCCGAAAUAUUUUCCUUCCUUAUCCAAAAUCACUUAUCAGAAAGCUAAUGUAAAUAAAAUGAGUCAAAUGUUCCUAUUGUGAUUGGGUAAGCGACACACAAACUCAUUGACCAAAGAAAACACUUUUACUCAAUUUGGGAUAAUUUACACAGAUUUGGGAAGCACUGGUUUAGGUUUUGUGUGAACAUUAUUAAAUUCUUCAACUUUGGUUCAGGUUUUCAGGGCUAUUUUUGGUACAUACUUCAAGCUAUUGUAUUCUAUUAGCCACAGAAUGAUGUGCUCUAAAUUCCUGUUCAUUAUUCAGAAAUUUCCUUUACAUAAAUAGUUCUCUCCAAAUCCACCUGGUUCCGUUUUCUCUCUCUCACAGGGCUUAUUUUAAAAAUGAAAACUUGGAUUAUUUCUAAUGUUUUUGAUUUUUAUUGUAUUUUAAAUUAGAAAAUAAAAAUGAAAUGAUAUAUUUUAAAAGGCACAAAGCUAUUUUAGUUGUUCAAACAGAACAUCAGAAAAAAAUUGAUUCCUACAUUUAGAGAAUCCACUUUUUAUGUAAAAAUGAGAAGGAUGGCACCUCAGUGAUAGAUCCUAUACUUUGAGAGCAGAAUUCCUGCCCCACUUUGGGUAAAACUGAAAAUGUUAUCUGAAAGCCUGCUGAGACUCAACUACUCUGCAUAGAAAAAAGUGAGCUAGAUGUUUAUUGGACAAAAUGUAACAUAAUUGCUAAAAAUUACAAUGUUAUUAUUUCCCCCUUUUUUUCCAGGAAACCUGCUUUCUGCAAUACUAGAAAAAUUAUAGAAUAUGAAAGCCCAACAUAUAAAUGCAGGUUUCUUCUAAAAAUGACACAAUUUAUAUGCUUAGGUUUGCCAAUCUAUUACUUGAAGCUAAUUACUGUGCUCAUUAAACUCUUUCUCUGUGCUAUGGUAUGUGAUUUGUUUAACUGUUGCAUGAAGAAGAUUCACUUUUUCGUAUCUCCAUUUCAGUUGGCAGAACUGGAAAAAAUCUUGCUGAAAACCUGGGCACCUAUCAACUCACAGGGUGUUUGUUGUGGGGAAAAUAAGAGGAAGUUGUAUUAGGUUUAAAAAGAAGUGCAUGUAGUCUCCGACUUACAACAGUUCAUUUAGUGACUGUUCAAAGUUACAACGGCACUGAAAAAACUCUAUCAGUGGGAACAUCUUUAAGUGUUGAAUAGAUGACUAAGGAGCUGCUACCAGAACAAAAUGGAGAGCUUGAGUCUACAGGCGAUGACCCUUUCUGAUGGGACAACAGCUUUUGUUCAGCAGGAGGCAGAUGAAGAGAAAUUAGUUGAUGGACAAGUGAUUGAACUUGAAGAUGGAUCCACAGCUUUUUUCCAACAAGUAACCCUGCAGAAAGAAUCAAUCACAUUUGAAGAUGGUCAGCCUGUUACACUGGAAGAUGGUACCAUGGCUUUUAUACAUCAUACUCCCAAAGAGGGUUUUGACCCCAACACCUUGGAGGCCAUCCAGCUGGAAGAUGGAUCCACAGCUUUCAUACACCGCCCUGUUCCCACGACAAUGGAUGACACUAUCUUGGCAGUGGAAGCAGAUGUAGGGUUGGAGGAAUUGGCAGUAGGGAAGAAAGAUGAUGCUUUUGAUUUAGAUACUGGUACCACUUUGAAGGAUUACACCAGCAAGGAAGACUUCCAGAAGGAAGAAGUGCAGAGCACUGGAAAUGGACCACGAACUCCUGACAAAGCUUAUUGUUGUAGAUACAGUGGGUGUAGCCGCCUCUUUACCACAUCCCACCAUUUGAAGGUUCAUGAGCGUGUCCAUACAGGCGAUCGUCCAUACCAGUGUGAUUUUACAAGCUGUGGGAAAACUUUUGCUACAGGAUACAGUCUAAAGAGCCAUAUGAGAACCCAUACUGGUGAGAAGCCAUACAAAUGCCAAGAAGAUUUAUGCACGAAAGCCUUCAAGACUUCUGGAGAUCUCCAGAAACAUAUCCGAACACAUACUGGUGAGCGGCCCUUCCGGUGCCCCUUUGAAGGCUGUGGCCGCUCUUUCACCACCUCCAAUAUACGCAAGGUCCAUAUACGAACACACACAGGAGAGCGACCAUAUAUGUGCUCAGAGCCCAACUGUGGAAGGGGUUUCACUAGUGCCACCAACUACAAAAAUCACAUGAGGAUCCAUACAGGGGAGAAGCCAUAUGCAUGCAUGGUACCAGGCUGUGGAAAAUGCUUCACAGAAUAUUCUAGUCUCUACAAACACCAUGUAGUUCACACACAUUGCAAACCAUACACUUGCAACACCUGUGGCAAAACCUAUCGGCAAACUUCUACUUUGGCAAUGCAUAAACGUACCGUGCAUGGGGAGCUGGAAGCCAUGGAUGAUAGUGAGCAAGCUCUCUAUGAACGUCAGUUGGAAGAUACCAUAGUGAAUAACAGCAGACCUCCAUUGAAAAGUCAUUGUAUUGUUUCUAUGAAGAUGGAAGAUGAAGUGCAGGAAGAUUCCAUGCCAUCGGCAGCAGCUCUUGUUUCUCAGGAUGGUGUAGAGCAAUUGGAAAUGUAGCAGAGCCUGGAAAGUAUGAUAACUACACCAGUUCACCAAGAAGCUAAACUGAAAAAUGGAUGUUGAGAUUUUACCUUGAACACUUAACAGGAGUGAAGAAUGAUGUAGAAACAAAAGUCAUUGGACAGCAACAGAUUCUACAGGGGCCUGCAGUUCAGGAGUCAGAUGACCAUGAAGUAAAUUGGACCUGGAGAGAAUUUUUAAGAAUUGUUCACUGCUAGUCAGUAGAUAUUGAUAACUGACAAGAGCAGAUGAUGAAGCAACAUUUUUGCCUGACACUUUUUAAACAAAUGGAUCUGUGAUAAGCUUUAAGAAAUCAACUCAUCUGAGAUGGGGUUUGUCUUAUCAUUUGGAACUUUUUCAUUUCUGGUACAUAUUAAUGGAAUGGCAACUUUUGGAUUAGAAAAUAUUUAAUAUCAGACUUUUAUUGGAUUUCAGCAACAAGAACUUUUAUCAUUUCAGAAUUUUAUAAUGUAUGUAUUUAGGGGUGAAUGUCCAGAAAGGGAUCACAGCUACUCCAUAUCCUAGAGCAGUGUUUCUCAAUUCAACAACUUUAAGAUGGAUGGACCAACUCUCAGAAUGCUAGGAGUUGAAGUCUAUAUAUCUUAAAGUUGCCAAGGUUGAGAAACACUGUCCUAGAGAAGUAUCAGUAUGAAAGCAAUGAAAUGUCCUCUAGAUGGGAUUAUCAGCGGAAGUUCCAAGAUAUAUAGCAAUGGGGACAAGCAAUAGCAUUAUGGGAGCUGAAAACGCUAUGAAGCGGUAUAUAAGUCUAACUGCUAUUGCUAUUGCUAUUCCUCCCUCCCCCCAAUAUACCAGAGUUAUUCUAAAUCUUAGCAAGAGUCUAAAUAGAAAGGUAAAAAUCUACAUUGAACUUGGAGGUAUAUUAAAUUGGUUCUGUGGAAUGUUUUAUUUUCUUUCACUCUGAAGAUAUAAUAGGUUUGGUAUAUGUAUUUUUAAAAAAUUAAAAUUGUUUUUCUGUUUUCAGUACUGGUAACAUCUUCAGCUGUACUAUUCAAUUCCUCUUUUAGUCCUAUAGAUUUAGUAAAUUUUGAAAAUUAAGUAUAGAUUUUCCUGCCCCCAGGAAUCCUAACAAGAUCAGGAAGGGAUUUUAAACUAGUUCUUACCACUAGUGAUUAAUGUAAAAAAAAACAUGUUUCCUUGUUGCCUAAUUAAUAGUCAAGAAGCAGUAAUUUUUAUCAAGAAUUGUGGUGAUGGUAGAGAAAAGAGACUUUUCAGUAUACAUCCAAUCCUAAUGAAAGUGGUCAUUUCUCAAUGGUAAUAAGUGUUGUUUUAUUAACUAUAAAAAGUGGUGAGGUUUUAUGGGCCACACAGAAUCAGACUACAGAUUGCUCACAUGACCCAGAUAGGAUAUGGCAGUGAUGGCUAACCUUUUUAUUGUUACGAGCUGAAAGCGUGUGCAUGUGCAUGCACCUGCACCCUUGUUCUCUCCAUGCAUGCACGUGUGACCCCCUGUGCCCCAUUUUGGGCUUAGUGCGCUUCCCUGCAGUUGCCUGGGAGAAAAAAUGGGCUAUGGGGGGAGGCAUUUUGGGCUUAGUAGGCCUGUCUGCAGCCUCCUGGGAGCAAAAACAGGCUGCAGGAGGGCCACGCUGUAACCCCCUGCACUCCUCCCACCCCCAUGCAUGCACUCCAGACCCCCCCACCAAUCUUACACAUGUGUACGUGUCUCCUGCAUGUGCCCCUUCCCCUACAUGCACGGCAGAGAACCAAAAAUCAGCUGGCUGGCAGGAGGCGCAUGUGCGGUGGAGCUCAGCUGGAGAGACUGCUUGCGUGCCUACAGAGAGGACUCUGCAUGCCACCUGUGACACGCAUGCCAUUGGUUCGCCAUCACUGGGAUAUGGUAUUCUGCCAUCAAAAUGCAUGUUAUAUAAUCGGAAAGAAGAAAACAGUUGUAUCCAGCAAGCUUGCUGGACACAGAAGAUUGUUUUAAAAGCAUCAUCUACUACAAUAUUUAUUGUAUUACUGCCUGCUGUAAUUCAUGAAAUAAUAUUGUACUGCUAAGUGUAUGGACACUAUCUCCUACUUGGUUGUUCAGUUACAAGCUUUGACGUGUACAGUGCUAUUUGACUUUUCGGUAGGACCUCAUCUCCUUUAGGCUUGUAUCCUUGGAAAUAUUCCAUUAUACAAUUGUGAAACUUUGCUCAGCCAUUGCCCCUUUCUUUUGUGUUUAUACUUGAUCCCAGCACUUAAUUCCAAAACAAUAACUUUACAGUAUGUGGUUAAGCUGAAACACUGAAAUAGAAAUUGGCUUAAGAAAAAUGAGUGUUCCUCUUUGUGCUUUGAUUCAGACAAAUCAGAACUUUAAUUCCUUUGAGAAUGAGGUCAAAGAAUAAAGAGAAUUAAUGAA